GGCAUGUGACAAGCACCGUUUGACGAUACCCACCUUCAUCCUCCCUCCCACCAUGCAACACGCCCUUGAAGUAUCAUCACUACCCGAACCUUUGGAGCGCAUCCCGGAACUUUGGUUUGAUGACGACAAUCUCGUCCUCCGCGCAGAAAACUCGAUCUACCGAAUAUCAAAGGGCCUGCUUGCAGCACGCUCGUCGGUUUUUGCGGACAUGCUGUCAUUUCCGGAGGGAGAGGAACAUAUUGAUGGAUGUCCCGUCGUCCAGUUGCAUGACACCUCGAGUUUCUUCCAGCCUCCGCCCAGCAAGACUGACUUAGCAACAAUCACGGGCAUCCUGCGUCUAAGCCACAAAUACGACGUGCAAUAUCUUCGUCGGCGCGCAUUGCAGCACCUCGACACGGGCUACCCUACCUCCCUCGAUGUGUUCGAAGUAUCUGGAUCGGAAACAUUCCGUAGCGACGGCCUCGAUGACAGUCUGGUGGUGAUACGAUGCGCUUCAGAAGUCGGUGCGACAUGGGUUCUGCCGAGUGCUUUCUACUUCCUAUGCUAUUCGGACAUGCGCGACAUCCUCAAAUCCCCGCAAUGGCCUUUGCUCACGGCCGUCGACCAGGAGACAACGAUUGUGAGCUACACCAAGCAAAGGCUGGCCUGUCCGCCUGUCCUCCCGUUUCUAAGGAUCCCUUUUACGGAAGGUUGUUCCACGCUGGACGAAUGCUCAGAAUACCGCACCUUAUACCUGGAAGAUGUGGGGGCAUGGAAUAUCUCUGACCCAUUGGGAAGCUACCGGGACUGGACACCGUUCGAGACCAAGGUUUCUCACGAUGCUAGUCGGCAGAACAGGGUCGACAUGGACGCCGCUCGCGCGGCCACGACGGUGGACGUGCUGGCUUUGAGAGACUUUCUACACGGUGGAUCCGCAAAGUGGACAGCCCGCGCGCGCAUCGUCGACAUACUGCAACAGGACCCGAUUUUCGACAAGACGCAGCGGCCUUUCCUUACCCGUAAGGAGCUCUACACGAGGGGCCAGGCGUUGACGAACCGGCUUUACGAGCUGAAGGAGGCUCAUCACUGGUCCGACGAGGAGGCAACCAUCGCGGUCUCUGUGCUGGACGACGCUUUGCCCAUUGCUCUGCAUAACAUCGCAUUCGAACCUGUAUUUCGUCUGCAAGCAUCCGAUGCCUUGCUCGCUCAUUACGCUCAUUUGGUGGCUACAAAAGGAAUCCUUGGCUGCUACCUCCAAACUGAACUCGGGCAUGGCACCAACGUCCGGAUGCUUGAAACAACCGCGACGUACCAACUGGACACACAAGAGUUCGAGAUUCACUCUCCAACUCUGACGAGCACGAAGUGGUGGAUCGGAAGUCUUGGGAAAACGGCUACACACGGGGUUGUGCAAGCGAAGCUGAUACUACCGGGAGGGAAGGACAUGGGUCCUCACCUGUUCUUUGUGCAGCUAAGGUCCUUGGCUGAUCAUCGACCACUUCCUGGCCGUACUCUGGGCGACAUCGGCCCCAAAGCGCUGGCCGGCUAUGCCUCGACAGACAAUGGGUUUGCGCGCUUCGAUCGGGUCCGCAUCCCGAAAGAAUAUAUGCUCUCCAAGUUUGCAGAUGUUACUGCUGCUGGAGAAUAUGUGACUCCUCCGCAUGCCAAAUUGAGCUAUGGCGGGAUGCUUUAUAUCCGCUCUGGGUGCGUGGUUCGUUUGGGACAUGAUGUCGCAGGUCUCGUCGCAGGUCUCAUCCUGAACCAGAAUGGCGCUACUGUGGCUAUCAGGUACGCCACUGUCCGCCGGCAAGGAGCGGUCGGAUCCGACGGGCUCGAACAUCAAGUUAUAUCUUACCCGUCGUUGCACAUCCGACUGGUCCCUCUUGUUGCGCGUGCCUACGCCUUUAUCGAGCUUGGACGUGCUCUGUCCCGUGGCUUCGAUUCUCUGGCAAAGGGUCUCUCAUCCGGCGACACCUCGCAGUUGGCAGAAAUGCACGUGAUGACGAGCGGACUCAAAGUUCUGGCGUCUACGACUACGAUUCAAGACCUCGAGAUAGCCCGUCGAUCAAUGGGAGGACAUGGCUACAGCGCUUUUGCUGGCGUGGGAAGGAUGUAUGCCGACUACUUGCCUGCCGCGACAUACGAGGGGGAGAACUUCGUGCUGGAUGGGCAAGUGCUGAGAGCAGCAUUGAAGGCCUUCAAGAACCUUUCUUCCUCAAAAGAGCUCGCGCCGUCCUCGUUUUAUCUCCGACUUGUUCUUGACACACAACAUGUGCCGCCUCGAUUAGGACCAGAGUCUUGGUCCGAUCCGGCGAUUUCAAUUCUGUUGCUGGAAUGGCGAGCAGCAAGACUGGUCAAUGAAGCUGCACUCGUUGCCGCAAGCCCGGACCCAACGACGACUCAACGUGUCUCGAAAGCAGUGACCGAGGCGUUUGUCGCUGCAAGAAUUGGUGAAAUGAUUGCAACGCUCGCUUCGGAAUCGACUGUCGUCCGCAAGGUCUACAAUUUGUAUCUCCUGACAACGGUCGAGUCUGCGCUGACAGAUCUACUAUCGCUGGGACUUUUCAAUGUGGUGGAGACCGCCACCAAGUCUCUUGAUCCUACGCGCGAGCUUCGGUUGUCGAUCGCCCAGUCUUGUGCUGAUCUCCUGCCCGAAGCGAUCGGACUGACGGAUGCAUUCGGAUUCACCGAUUGGGAGCUCGACAGCUCACUCGGACGGUACGAUGGAAAUGUGUACGAGGCGAUAUGGAACCGAGUGCGGGACGAACCUCUCAACCAGACUGAGGUUACCGAAGCCUACCACGUCUGUUCUCCCUCACUUUGUUUCCAGCGUGCACUCACUGGUGUCCUAGAAAUCGAUCAGGCCUUUGCUGUUGCGCGUGUCUGGAUCGCCACCAAUAUACGCGACCACCGUGUUGCAGCAUGCAAAGUCAUCCGCAUAACCGACCGAACCCUCUCUGAAGACAGAAAGAAGGUUGACAAAGAGAUGCGGAUUCACGCACAGCUAAAACACACUAAUGUCCUGGAGCUCCUCGACGCAGUAAUAGUCGAGAUGAAGUACGCUCAAAGGUAUCAUCCUGGCUACUAUCUUCUCCUUGAGCUUGCGGCGGGUGGAGACUUGUUCGAUAAGAUUGCUCCGGAUGUUGGGCUGGACGAUGAUCUAUCGCAUCUUUACUUCAAUCAACUACUCUCAGGGAUGGACUAUGUACACAAAGAAGGGGUUUGUCACCGAGAUCUCAAGCCAGAAAACAUCCUCCUCGAUGCAGCUGGUACACUCAAGAUAUGCGAUUUUGGUUUGUCGACUGUAUACAAGCUGAAGGAUACUGGACGAGUCCGGAUGUUGUCUGAACGAAGUGGCAGUUUGCCUUACGUCGCUCCUGAGCUGAACGGCUCUGAACCAUACGCGGCUGAACCGAUCGAUGUUUGGGGUAUGGGGGUGAUAUUGUUCACAUUUCUGGCUGGGAACACACCUUGGGACGAACCAUCUCGGAAUAGUCCCGAAUUCAUGGCCUAUCUUUCCGGUGAAAUUCUACAAGAACAGCCAUGGUGUCGCUUCAGCAGUCAAGCAUUGUCGCUCAUCCAAGGGCUGCUUACUGUUGAUCCUCGAGAUCGAUUCACCUUAGCUGACGCAUUUCAGCAUCCAUGGUGCCAAAGACCCAGCCAACUCGCCAAGGCAGGGAUGAUGGGUCUUGCUGAUGCUCUCUGUGAGCCGUUGCGCCAGUCGGGAGACAUGGAUCUGGCCGAACCUGACCUGGGAAUACGGUACAGUACUUUCUCGCCCACCCUCUUUUUCUCCACUCUCAAGUUCCAAGCAUGGAAGAUGAAGACGUUCCAAUGCUCUCGGCAAUGA